AUGUCGGCUGAUGGUAAAUCACAACUUGGGGCAAUUCGCAAGGAGUGGUCUGGACUCGUGCAAGAGUUUUUCACCGACGCUGAUAACUUUUCAGUAACAUUUCCCCACGAUCUGGAUUCACGGGCAAAAAUGCUGGUGCUGUGCGCUGCAUUCCUCUUGGUAUGA